CAAGUCCUGCCUCUGAUAUGAGUGCAGAAGGAACCAGGAUUACAACUACACUAAUCUGAGAAGCACAACUGCACACUGAACCGACCAUGUAACCCCACCAAACCAUCAGGGGUCAGGGAACAACUACUAAACGGGCACAAUCGACACUUACAACUUCCCUUAAUGAUAAGAAUCAACAAGCUACAAGUACAAAAUACUACAACCUAAAGAAAGCGGAGACAAAAAUAUCUACUGGCUGAGAAGCCACUACUAAAAAGAGAAGAUCUGUCUGCCGGCCACAGCCACCUGUUCAUACGGGCACAGGCAACCACCAGUAUUUGGAAAAAUCUGUGGCUUUUAUUGGAAUGAAGACUUCAUGCACGAAUGCACCGGACACACAAGCCAGAGACAAGUAAAUAAGGAAUUUAUUCUGGACAUAUUUGAUGGGAUCCACAUCUAAGAGAUGUGUCCACCUAACCAGUGACCUUCUUGGACAAGGACGCUAUAUGCUUCUCGACCGGACAGUUGUGGAUAAGCAUCUCAUCUCUCGCCAUUCUCCUCUGUCAUCUACUUUCCCUCCGUCUCUCCGCGCACCUCCUCGCCUCUCCCUCCCUCCAGCCAUCCAUCCCACCCUCCCCUCACGGACGACGAUGUGACCUUCUGCCAAACUGCUAGAGACCAUGCCACCAUCGCAGUGGGAUCUUCUGUCUACACUGAAAUAGACUCGAACGACAGCCGAAAGGAAAGAAAGAGAGAGAGAGAAAAUAAGGAAAAAAAUCACGGAGGAGUCGAAAUGUGCUGUCGGAAGUCCGGGCUGCAUGUGGUUUGCCAAAGCAGGCAGUAGGCUGAGACUGAGAUGGGCGUUCAUCUAGGGUGUCUCAGCGACACACUGUGGCUGCCGUUGCUGCUGCUGUUGUCCGUCAGCUCCGCCCCCCGUUGCCAGGGCCGACCUUUCGGGAUGGUUGACUCCACCGUGAACGUGGCGGUGGUCUUCAGUGGCUCCACCUACCAGAUGGAGAUCAAAGGGCGACUGAGUCGAGAGAACUUCAUGGACCUGCCGCUGGAGGUGAACCCCAUUACCGUGCUGGUGAACAACACUAACCCGCGCACCCUACUGACACGCAUCUGCGACACGCUGGCUGCUAACAGGGUGCACGGAGUGGUCUUUGAAGAUAACAUUGGGUCGGAGGCAGUGGCUCAGAUCCUGGACUUCAUCUCGACGCAGACGGCGGUGCCCAUAUUGGGCAUCAGUGGAGGGUCUGCUGUGGUCUUACCGCACAAGGGUGACGGCUCUACCUUUCUUCAGCUGGGUGCCUCCAUUGGGCAGCAGAUCAGUGGCAUGUUUAAAAUGAUGGAGGAGUACAACUGGGACAGUUUUGUGGUUGUGACCAGUUUGUACCCAGGCUACGACAGCUACGUGGACCACAUCCGCGCCUUUAUCGAUACGUCCUAUUUCCUCUGGGAGAUGCAGGACGUCCUAACGUUCGACAUGUCCGCGGACGGCAUGAACGACCUCCGUGCCCGAAGGUUACUUCAGCAGAUCGAUGCCCAGGUGAUUCUGGCAUACUGCUCUCACGAUGAGGCCCAAUACCUGUUCACUCUAGCCAGGGAAGCGGGUUUGGCCGGUCCAGGGUAUAUCUGGUUUAUUCCCAGCCUGGCAGUGGGAAACCCCAAUUUACCUCCACCAGACAGUUUUCCCGUUGGAUUGAUUAGCAUUAUCACAGAUCGCUGGAAGAUGAGCUUGAGGAACAGGGUCAGGGACGGCGUAGCCAUUGUCGUAAAAGGAGUGGAGAGCUUCCGCAAGCAAAGGGGGUUUAUUCCCGACGGACACAUGGAUUGUCAGAGUACAGUUCGGCCGUCUACCAACGAAACCCUCUAUAGGUACAUGCUGAAUGUGUCCUGGGAGAACACAGACUUUUCCUUCAACAAUGAUGGAUAUCUGGUCAAUCCUACCAUGAUUAUAAUCACUCUGGACCGGGGCAGACAGUGGGAUAAGGUGGGAAAUUACGAGUUCGGUAUACUGCAAACGAGAUACCCCGUCUGGCCGCGUUACGGGUCCUACCUGGAGCCUGUGUCAGAUAACCGUCACUUAACAGUAGCCACGCUGGAGGAAAGGCCUUUUGUAAUCGUUGAAGCCGUGGAUCCAGUUACUGGCACCUGCCUGAGCAACACUGUCCCCUGUAGACGCCAAUCAAACAAGACAGAAACGAUUGUUGGACAUACUGAGCCCUACACCAAACUUUGCUGCAAAGGUUUCUGCAUAGACAUUUUGAAGAAGCUCUCGCGUAACAUCAAAUUCUCCUAUGACCUCUACCUGGUCACCAAUGGUAAACAUGGUAAACUGGUACGUGGGAUCUGGAACGGUAUGAUCGGAGAGGUGUUUUAUAGGAGAGCGGACAUGGCCAUCGGCUCUCUCACUAUAAACGAGGAGCGAUCCGAGAUCAUUGACUUCUCUGUGCCAUUUGUGGAGACGGGAAUUAGUGUGAUGGUGGCCAGGAGCAAUGGAACCGUUUCUCCAUCUGCUUUCCUGGAGCCAUACAGUCCGGCCGUGUGGGUGAUGAUGUUCGUCAUGUGUCUUACUGUAGUCGCCGUGACUGUGUUUGUAUUCGAAUACUUCAGCCCUGUGGGCUACAACCGCAGUCUGGUUAGUGCCAAAGAUCCAGGUGGGCCGACAUUCACCAUUGGAAAGUCAGUCUGGCUGCUUUGGGGGAUCGUCUUUAACAACUCUGUGCCCAUUGAAAACCCCAAAGGCACCACCAGCAAGAUCAUGGUGCUGGUGUGGGCUUUCUUUGCCGUGAUCUUCCUGGCCAGCUACACCGCUAACCUUGCUGCCUUCAUGAUCCAGGAACAGUACAUCGACACCGUGUCCGGGCUGAGUGACAAAAAAUUUCAGAGACCCCAAGACCAGUACCCUCCGUUCCGGUUCGGUACGGUGCCCAAUGGGAGUACGGAACGAAACAUUCGCAGCAAUUAUCCAGAGAUGCAUUCGCACAUGGUGAAGUACAACCAGAAAGGUGUGGAAGAUGCCCUCAACAGCCUCAAAACAGGGAAGCUGGAUGCAUUUAUCUAUGAUGCAGCUGUGCUGAACUACAUGGCUGGUAAAGAUGAAGGCUGUAAACUUGUGACUAUCGGUAGUGGGAAAGUAUUCGCUACUACAGGUUAUGGUAUUGCCCUUCAGAAAGAGUCUCGCUGGAAGCGACCCAUUGAUCUGGCUCUUCUUCAGUUCCUUGCUGAUGGUGACACUCAGAAGCUUCAGACCGUGUGGUUGACUGGCAUCUGUCGUAAUGAGAAGAAAGAGGUGAUGAGCUCUAAACUCGACAUAGACAACAUGGCCGGGGUGUUUUACAUGCUUCUGGUGGCCAUGGGUCUCAGUCUGCUGGUGUUUGCCUGGGAACAUCUGCUGUACUGGAAACUACGACAUUCUGUCCGCAAGUCCGACCGCUUGGACUGCUUACUAGCCAUCAGCAGGGGAAUCUACAGCUGUUUUAAUGGUGUAGAGGACACGGACCGUAAAGGGAACAUGCAGAACCCAGAUGUCACCACCAGCUACACUCAGGCCAACAUGCUGAAAAUGCUCCAGACAGCUAAAGACAUCGUCUCAUCUGCCAGAGUGGAAAACUCUUUGGACAACGCCACCAAGACCAUUGAGAACUGGAGUCGACGUGAUCCAGAGGCGGCAAGACCUACUCUUCCCACCUGCCUCAUAGGAACUGAUUUCAGCCACAGUCGCCUACCCUUCAUUUCCAGUGUCACAGACAAUCAUUCACCUUACCAACAAAAUGUGGAGAGCACCACCCAGCAUCUCCUGGAGAAGCCUCACACGAGCACACGUCCUACCUCACUGCGCUACACCCUUCCGGCACGAACCAGCCAACACCACAUCUAUGAACGAACGCUACCCAUAUCCAGCCUCAGCAGUCCACAUAUUGCCAUGAGAGACCCGCCGCCUCCUACAGCUCCCAAACCCCAUGUGUACGUGGAUCCAUCCUGUCACCCUCGCUACAUCUCUUACCGUGACUUUCAGGUACCGGACAUCUUCGUAGAGCACCAGGAAACUCCCGUAAGCCAUAAACCGUACAUGGCAGGUCUUGGUCGAAAUAAAAGGUCCCACAGCUACGUGGCAGCAUCUCCUGAGACUCGACGUAGGGACGACUACGACGUUCCUCAGUCUUGCCUGGCCGAGCUUAAAAGUGAUCAUCUCCUGGAAAACCAUUCCCAUACCACACCCUGCAUGAGAAGUCAAUACCAGAGACCCAUUUCAAGCUGCAACGCCUGCACAAAGCUGUAUCUAGAACCGGACACGGACGACAUUCCUCUUCUUGGGAAGGAUAAAGUCAACCGCCGCGCCUCUUUUCUCAGGGCCACGUGGGGCGGCGAUCGGAUCGGGCAGAUUGACGAGAAGCCCAGCACUUCGGCAUCCUCUAGCAGUUGCGUCAACAUGCCGGACCUUUUCCCAAGAGUUUUAGUUACGAAUCCCAAACCCUCAAAGACGUACGGGAGUGUCGGUAACAGUCGUCGUUACAACGUGCCGGCUGAACCCGCCUAUCUGGACCCGGCCCACAUGGGCUCCUAUCCUUACAAGCCCCAAAAGCUCAAAUACUCAAAGUCCAUCCGUCUUCCGUCAUACCGGGAGGCACUAAUACAGAACACAGCAUCCCUGCGUCGUUCCACUUCCACACUGGUGCACGGACACUAUUCGACAUACCUGAACUCGUACACGGACAUGCCUAUGUACCUGGGGCCUCUACCACAGGGGCCUGCCCAUUUCCACGACCACUCCAAAGACAUGUGCCACCUGUUCCCCUGCGCCAGCCAUUGCCCGGAUAAUGCUGCCCUGGUUCACCGGUUAGGCAGCAGACACACGGUGUACCAGAGCACAGGUUUCGGAGGCUACGAGGGGGCCGGGCGUUUACCCCAGCAGUCGCUACACACUUUGCCGGUGUCUUCUGUGUGUAGGGACCGUAGGCAGGUUCUAGUUGCACGGAAUGUACACAGUCCCUUCGCUCCAAGGCCCUGGAGGAGGGUGUCCAGCCUGGAGUCAGAGGUGUGAAGUCUUUUUAGGCUUUGUGCGAGAAACAUUGCUACACCGAAUCAAGCAAAAAAUCUUAAGGUGGACUAACAGUGGUGGUAAACUCAGUGCAAUAAUACAACAAGACUGCAGGGAUGAGGUGGGGGGAUGUAUAAGUGAUUACUGUGGAGAUAAGUAUAAUGAAAAAACUAAAAGUUAAAAUAUUUAAUAGUUCUUAAUAUAUAAUCUAUUGAUUGUUUAACUGUUUUAAAAUGCCAUUAUACCCAUUAUAUUAAUUCUCUGCGAUCAAUCGGAUAUACAGUAGCAUGUUUUAUGGCAGCUUUAAUCCUGAAGGGUUAAAUUUAAAAUCUGUUGUUUUUUUCACCAUUUUAAAUCUACACCCCACCAAACUUGGGGAAUUUUAUAAUGUAGGUACACAAAAAUGUCUUCCAGGAAUUUUAUAUAUCCAAGGGUUUGAGAAAGCCAUCAAAUUUUGUCACUACACGAAAUGUAAUACAGUUCUGAUUUUGAAGACAUACAAAAUGCAGUUUCACAGCUAUUUUACCGUUUAAUAAAUGAUGGGAUGACUUGA